AUCCUUCAAUUUGAGUCCUAAAGAAAGUGAAGCAAACCAAUAAUGGCGGAAGGCAGAGUAGUUAUCGUCUCAGCUCUACAAUUCGCUUGCUCCGAUGAUGUCUCCACAAACGUAGAUGCUGCCGAAAGAUUGGUUAGAGCAGCUCAUCAGAAGGGUGCAAAAAUCAUUCUUAUACAGGAGUUAUUUGAGGGCUAUUACUUCUGUCAAGCACAAAGGGAGGAUUUCUUUAAGCGAGCUAAACCUUAUAAGGAGCACCCCACAAAAUUGAGGAUGCAGAAUCUUGCGAAAGAAUUGGGAGUAGUAAUACCGGUUAGCUUCUUUGAGGAGGCAAACAAUGCACAUUACAAUUCAGUGGCUGUAAUUGAUGCUGAUGGGACUGAUCUUGGACUUUAUAGAAAGUCCCAUAUACCAGAUGGUCCAGGUUACCAGGAGAAAUUUUACUUCAAUCCAGGUGACACUGGUUUCAAGGUAUUUCAAACUAAAUUUGCCAAAAUUGGAGUAGGAAUUUGCUGGGAUCAGUGGUUUCCAGAGGCAGCUCGUGCUAUGGCACUUCAAGGUGCAGAAAUAUUGUUCUACCCCACUGCUAUUGGUUCUGAACCUCAGGAUGAUGGCCUAGAUUCUCGAGAUCACUGGAAGCGAGUAAUGCAGGGGCAUGCCGGGGCUAAUUUGGUACCUUUAGUUGCUUCAAACCGAAUAGGAAAGGAGAUAAUUCAGACUGAACAUGGCAAAAGUGAGAUCACAUUCUACGGGAAUUCUUUCAUAGCAGGACCCACAGGAGAAAUAGUUGCCACUGCUGAUGAUAAAGAAGAAGCAGUUCUUGUCGCAGAAUUUGAUCUGAAUAAAAUUAAAUCCAAGAGAUAUAGUUGGGGGGUGUUUCGUGAUCGGCGUCCGGACUUAUACAAGGUUCUUUUGACCUUAGAUGGCAGCAACAUAUCUCUAUGAUUUAUCAAUGCUUUUUGAUGGAGAUGAUUCAAGCCUGUUUAUUUCUUUCGUUUUUCUAUGGUGGAUUGAUCAAUUGAGAAUAAUAUGUUUGAACAUUGGUCUAAAGAGCUAUGUAACAGCAAUAUAUAAUGUGCUUGAAAAAUGAAUAGUCUUUCUCAUGUUUUAUAUUU